AUGACCUGGAUGACUGAGAACCUUCACAGACAUAUUCAUAUUUCAAGGUCUUUUAAGAAGCUCAGCAAAGAAGAAAUUGAAGGUCUUCUUAGAGCUCAUAGUGAGAAAGUCAUUACACCAGGAACAAGACAACUCCAUAUCAGUCGAGCCAAUGUGUGGUCGACUGCUUUGCGUCAGUUCAAGAGACCCAAGUUUGCAGAAAGCUGUGAGAUGCUUUAUGUCACAUUUGCAAGCGAUGAACAUGAUACAGAGGAAGAUGCUGCUGACCUUGGGGGGCCAAGGCGGGAGUUUUUCCGUUUACUGGUGAAGGCCAUCUUUCAGGACAGUGGUGCUUUUGAAGCUACACCAAAUGGAUGCACACUGAAAUUUAACAUCCUACACUUGCAAAAUGGAGUAUAUCGAACCAUUGGCAGGAUGUUGUCCACGAUAAUAGUGCAAGGUGGAGAAGCACCAGCCUUUCUCUCUCCACAUGUAGUAGACUACAUUGUGUCAGGAGACAUUCUUCAAGUACACCUAACACCGGAUGAUAUAGGUGACCCUGAGUUAAGAGAGAAUCUGAAAAAGGUUGUAAAUGCAACAACUCAACAUGAUUUGGAGAAAGCAGUCAGCUGCUGCGACUCAUGGCGAUAUCAAGUUGAAGGUCUUCCACUCACAGUCACCAUGGCCAAUAAAGAUCUGUUUGUGAAAAAUGCAGCUCUAUACCUUGCAGUCCUGCAACGGCAAAGCUGUUUCGAUCAGCUAACUGAUGGCUUGUCCUACUAUGGAAUUUUAUCACUCCUGAGAGAGAACCCCAGUUUGCGUGUUCUGCUUGACCUAUCGGGGGAGGACAAAGAUCUGACAGCCAGUUUAAUUGCUGGGGUUCUCAGGCCAAGCUAUUCUGUCCUUGGGAGCAACAGAAGAGUUAGAGAGGAGCUGAUGGUGGUCAAAUUUCGGGAAUUUCUCCAGUGUGUCGAAAAUGAAGAGCUGAGAGACGCACUUGGAGAAAGGACUCUUACCAAGGAUGAAGGCUUUGAGGCCUGGUCACAUCUUGGCUUUUGCCACCGGGAGCAGCAAGGUUCCAGCCAUAGGUUUUCAACCAGCUCCUAA